AUAUGUUUUAAAUGUAAUUAAGUUAAAAACUGUGCAUACAGUUUUAUACAGAACUUUCAGUUUAGUAUUUUUUUUAUGGAAUUAAUCACAACACUCGUUUAUUUAUAAAAAGGUGUAAUUUAAUGUUCAGUGACAUUUUCUAUCAGUUUCGUGUUUAAGUUAAAUUGGGUUUUAAAUUGUAUAUCAUAUUUUUGUGAGAAGACUUGGGCAAUGACAUUGCUAUUUAUUGAAGGUUUUAUACUGUACUUAAAACUAUACAUUGAGAGUAGUUGUAUCAUAUUUACAAAUAUUUUACCCUCAUUAGUCAAUAACAAGUAAUUACUGAUUAGCUUAUCAGAUUCUGCAGCACUACAACCAAGUAUUUUUAUAUCAUUGAACAUCUAGUUUUAUAAAACUAUUACUUGCUUGUGAUUUCAAUUAAAUUCAUUUCAAGAUGCUAUGGCUGUUACUGUUUUGGACUUGUUAUUAAUAUACUCUAUUUUUAUACAGAGGGCAGCUGCUAGAAAUUUUAGAAAGGAAAGUCAAGACCCAGCGGAAAGAAAAGUAAAUGAGAAGAAGCCUCUUGUAACUUUUAAGGGUAAACUAAGAUAUCUGUAUACAGUGCACGAUUGCUGUUGUGUUUGUGAAGCCAUUUUAAAAAAGUUGGAGACACUUGAGGAACUGAUUGUUGGCUUCGACUUGGAGUGGCCUGUUGACUUCAGACGAGGACGAGGGCAAGGCAGAACAGCUCUCAUACAGUUCUGUCCCAGCCAAGCAGUUUGUUAUUUGUUCCAUGUUAUUGAAUGGAAUAAACUUCCGAAGGUGUUUGUUAAUUUCAUCAGUCACCCUAAAGUAAAGUUGGUUGGUGUCAAUAUCAGAGGUGACAUAUGGAAACUAGGGCGUGAUUUUGACAUAUCUGUUGCCCCUAUUGUGGAAAACAAUGCUGUGGAAUUGAGGCAUCUGGCUAACAAAGUGUUUUCUAUAACUGAUUGCUGGAGCCUGGAUAGAUUAGUGGUUUAUGUAUUAAAAAAGCAGCUCGCCAAGCCGGAAGAUGUUAGAUUGAGCAAUUGGGCCCAAAUACCUUUGACAAAUAGCCAAUUUGAAUAUGCUGCCAAUGAUGCUUAUGCGUCUCUUAUUGUCUACAACAGACUGAAAGAACUGGAAGUGGAAUUCAACGUUAAGAAAGGGAAUGUCGCGACUGAUGAGUGUUUGGGACCUGGGCCGGAUGAGCUACAAGGAUGCCCUCACUAUUCAAAUCCUGACAGCUAACCACAUCAAAACUCUGGUUUCUGAGGGGAAAACGUCUUGUGGAACUCUUCUAUUAGUGGAACACAAUCCUGUCUUCACCAUAGGACUUCGUACAAAACAGUAUUCACUUGAAGACGAAGAGAAACUGACAAAGUUAGGUGCAGAAUUCUAC